CUAGUCUAUUUGAGUCAGUUGCCAUUGGCAACAGUCUAAAAGAUGUAAGGAGUAACUGACAAAUUACAAAGAUUAAUUUUCAACAUUAAUUUCUCCAACUUCAUUAUAUUUCACAAUUUCAUUGUAUUUUGUGUGUGUAUGUGUGUGUGUCUGUGUGUAUAAAUUGCAUUUAUUACAUCAUCAUAAUGUAAACAGACUACCAAAAUUUUACUGUUUAAUUGUUCUAUUGCAAACUAUAUUAACUAUAAGUGUUAAGUUUUAAUUUUGUUUUCAGUGUUUGAAAUAGGAGCAUGACGGCUCAGAUUUCACUUUCCUUCUUUGUUGUCCAAUAGGGUUGCUUGUUUUGGAUCAUGUUUUGGAUAUUUAAGAGUGUGACUUGGGAUCAGCCAGUUUACUUCACCUGCCUUCACCUGCCACACUACUACAUUGUUCUCAGAGGAUAAACGAAACAAACCUCAGAUAUGUCUCUGCAUAUUUAUCUCCUAGCUGCUGCAGUUAUUGCUGGUCUGUGCAGAGGAACCAAAAGUGAAAGCUUCAUCUUUGGCAUGAACGAAAUUGAAGCAUGUUUGAAGAAAGCUCCAUUAUCCAUGAACUGCUUGGAUGAAGCCUGUAUAAUAAAGAAGUGCCUCAAACUGGGAUAUGAUCUCCUUUUUGAAAACUCCAGUUACAGUCGUAACAAGAAUCAUGGUGUUUCUCGUGCUGCCCACUGUGCAAUUGACAAGUGUGUUAAAGGUGUAAUGGAAAGAAAGGACAAUGCAGAAGGGUUGUUUUCUGGAUGGACGGAGCCCAUUCUAGCUUGCCUGCAGUCAGUAAGCAGUUGUGUAAAAAAUAACCCCAGAGAUGAACUGUAACAUGGAAGAUCACUGUUAACGAUGAUGGUGAUGGUGGUGAUGAGCUUACUUUGCAUAUGUAUGUCCUUUAGAUUUUGAGUUUCCUUACAUAUCAUUUCUACUUUUCUCCUCUUCUGAAUUCCAGUGCUGUUUUUUUUUUACACAGCUUAUUGUCGUACCCCCCCCCUCCCCCCCACACACACACAGAUAUGGCUGCUGAGCAACAGUUUAGCCAAUACAUAGUCAUCAAAUCAUUUACACAGACAAUAUAAAACCAUAGCGACACUGAAAACUAAACACACAUAUCAGAAACAUCAACAUUUCCCUCAGAUAUCUUGGAUAAAAAUGAAUCUAAGUCUCUGAGCGGAUAAAAUUACACUCUUAGCGUUGACCGCUAAGCUACAUUCUGUGGGUUGUGUCACUGUAUGUGAAUUUUUCUGAAAAUUUCUUGCCAUGAAGUAAUAAAUGUGACAAGAGUGAGCUGUUCAUGUGAACAAUGUAACCACGAUGUUAGUUUAAGUUUUCUGAAACCUGAAUAUUACCUCAGUCAACAUGAAAAUAUAUGGUUCUCAUGGUUCAGAGUUCUUUGUACUAGUUUAAAAUUUAAUUCAGGUAAAAGUAUAAACGACCUGAAAUGAUACUUAAAUUAAAAAUCCAUCCUAAAUAACCUACAUAUUCAAUAUUUUAUAUUAAAAAUGAUAAAAAUGUCCCCCUGUGACAUCAAUGUGUCAGACAACCGCUAACUCCUGACAGGAAUAACAAAAAUUCGCAUCGACCAACAAAUCAGCACCAGAAUCACUAAACACAAGAAAUAAACAUAUUUAACGUGUUUCAGGGUGGAGUUUUCCUUUCAGUGCUGUAACAAUUACUUUUCUACCUCUAGUUAAUACAUAAUGUUAAUGUUAACUUGAUUUAGUUCUGUAAUAUUGUUAUCUAUUUUUAAUCUAUAAUUUUCAAAUAAUCACUCAUAGGUUAACUUAAAAAAAAAACACUGACAGAUAGCUAACUUCUACCAGUUAUAGUAAUGUUCCUAUUUUGGCACAGUGUAUGUUGCCAUAGAAACACUGAAUUUCAGGAAGGAGACAAGGACAUGUAAAAUGCUACUGGAAAGCAGAACAUCAGAGUUUUUUUUUUUUUUUUUUUUACAGAUCAUGUUGUUCUCCAAUUGAACACCAUGUGCCGCUUUUUACUUUAUAAUCAAAGCCAUUUCUUCUGUUGGAGAAUUUGCAUUUAUGUCCAAAGCACUAAUUAGAAGCAAAUUGUCUGUUUAUAUGUUUGUAUUUUAUUUUUUACCCUUAAAUUUGUUUCCCCUUCAUAAAGACAUUGUUCUUUUUCUGCAUAAGAUCAUGCUGAUAUAUUCUAAACAUUCUGACAUCUUCAAUUGAUCAAUACCUGGAAAAAUAUAAAUAAAAGACUUUUAUCUGGAUAAUAUCUGGAGUUUAUUUUAUGGAGUAUACUGUACAUAGUUACACAAGUGGAGGAAAAAGUGACAUUAAACACCAACAGCAUAAAGUACAUAAGUACAUAUGAUAAUACAUAGACUUACAGACACUGUGGCAGUUAAAGUGAUGGAAAUGUUAGUUAUGAUCCCAUACAUUUUUAUUAAAAAGUAAAAAAAAAAACAUGGUUUAUAUAUUAAAUUAGCAGACAAAAUGACAGUAUUGUAUAUUAGUAAAAACAUCAACCUGUACAUUAAACAUUAACAUUUAUCAAAACCCAUUCACAAUAAAAACAUGUCUAUCCAUCUAUCUAUCUAUCUAUCUAUCUAUCUUGUUUGUUUUCUUUCUUUCUUUCUUUCUUUCUCUAACUUUUUAAUCUUUUUUCUUUAUUAUUUCAUUGUCUAUCUAUCUAUCUAUCUAUCUAUCUAUCUAUCUAUCUAUCUAUCUGUAAUCUAAUUUCUUUUGUAUUUAGAAGACAGGGUGCACCACAUUACUCUCUAUAUAUACUAAUAUAUCAUUUUCGAUUUAAUUUUGGAUUAAACUUUUGCUCCAGGUUUGCUCUGUAUUUACACUUCUAACGCUUUGUGAUCAUGAACUGUAGCACUGCGAAAUUAAAGCACAUUUAUAACAUGUUUAGGUCAAAGCAAGUAAUAUCUUGGAGUAUUAUGAGCAUAUCCCUGAUCCCGGAGAACCCCCUGUCCUGUC